CUAAUAUCAACGUGGGAGAUUCUGUCAUACUGUCUAAGCACCACCACCGAGUUCUCGGACACUCGGAUUUAGUUACAAACAAACAUUACAAAGUGCCAUUACAUUACACACACCAAAAAAAUAUAAUCAAAUAAAAUAAAUGAGUGGAUAUUCGCGAUUUUAUAAAAAUCCAAAUCGUACCUCAACAUAUGACAAGUCGACGAAUCCGCCGUUUGUAAAAAGUACUUUGUCACCGUUGUGGUCGAGGACACCGGAUUAUCAUAGUCGUUACACAAGUGAUGUGCUAAAACCAGUUAUGGAUACAACUUCACCAAAGGCACCACGUCGAAAUCGAUAUGUGCGAUCAAGUACCACAGCAAGUGUUACUCAAAUGUUAACCGAUUCGUGUUCGAGUUUAUUGAAUAAAAUCGCAACACGUGUCCGUGGAUCAUCUUCGCUCACAGAUCGAUCGAACAACCAUUCAAGAGCGACCACUAAAACACCUACAAAACUUCUUGAAAAUAGUGCGUUAUCAGUGGCUGCUGCUCCGAUUGUUGAUACUUCACUAGGUUCAACACGAAGUCGGUUAGAAAAUAAAUAUUCAUCAGUAUUAAAUAAAUUAGCAAAACGUCGUAAUCAGGAUGAAGAUGAUGAAAACGAAGAAUUUGAUCGUGAUCGAACAAUUGAACCUUGUUCACCCGACCGAACUCUACUCACAUCUACCACAAAACGUAAUUCGUUAGUGAAAAGUGCAACCACAUCAAAUGUAUUUUUAACGGAAAAAUCUUAUCCGUAUGUAUCGACGGCAUCUGUAAAAAAAUCUCCAACAUUACGUCAAGAAAAAACACCUCAUCGAAUUGAUCGACACAAAAAUUUAUACUAUUCUGGGUAUAACGAACCGUUUUACGGGUAUUCGGAGUAUGUAAGUGCAUAUGAUCAACCUAGAUUAACAAAUCGACAUCAUAAAACUUCAACGUUUAAAAUUGAUAAAUCAGUUGGACCUAGUUCAUCAUCUUCAAAGUUGUAUGCUCCCGAGGAUCAUAAAAAGUACCGUCGAAGUGCUACCCAUAAUUUAUUUAAAAUGUACCCGGUUGAUAUACCAACAUCCUCGUAUCAACAACAUCAAAGAUAUGUCUCUCCGGAUAAAACCCCAACACCUUCUACAGCGGAUACAAAUAAUAACGAUGAAGAAUUAUCUGAGCGUGAAGCGAAGCGUAAAGAAAUCCAAAGUCUUAUAAUGAAAUAUUCCGCGCUGGAUGAAGCGUAUAAUCGUAGUGUUGCCAGUAAUACAACAGUUCCAACUGGAACUAAUGCCGUGGUCGCUCCACCAAAAAUAAAUGGCGUAACAAAUUAUAGUAUGAAAUACCAUCAACAUAAAGACAUUAAAGUACCCACAAAAAUGAUUGGCUCGAGAGCACCCUCGGUGGAAGACGACGAAGAUGGCCACCUGAUAUACCGAAAUGGAGAUGUUCUGCAAGAUAGAUAUAAAAUUCUCGCUACAUUGGGAGAAGGAACCUUUGGAAAAGUUGUUAAAGUUAGAGAUUUGGAAUUGGAUCACUAUAUGGCUUUGAAAAUUAUUAAAAAUGUAGAAAAAUAUCGUGAAGCUGCGAAAUUAGAAAUAAAUGCUUUAGAGAAGAUUGCAGAAUGUGAUCCUGACAAUAAACAUUUGUGCGUAAGGAUGCUGGAUUGGUUCAACUACUACGGCCAUAUGUGUAUAGCAUUCGAGAUGUUGGGAUUGAGUGUUUUCGAUUUUUUGAAAGAUAACAACUAUCAGCCAUACCCUAUGGAACAUGUCCGUCAUAUAUCAUACCAACUGUGUUAUUCAGUUAAAUUUUUACACGACAAUAAAUUAACACAUACAGAUCUUAAACCUGAAAAUAUUCUGUUUGUUGAUUCAGAAUACGAUACAACAUAUAAUAGUAAAAAAAGACGGGACUUCAGGAAAGUAAAACGAAGUGAUGUAAGACUUAUUGAUUUUGGAAGUGCCACAUUUGAUCAUGAACAUCAUAGCACAAUUGUAUCGACGAGGCAUUAUCGAGCACCGGAAGUUAUUUUAGAAUUAGGAUGGGCUCAACCGUGUGACGUCUGGUCAAUAGGAUGUAUUAUUUUCGAAUUAUAUUUAGGAAUUACGUUAUUUCAAACACACGAUAAUAGAGAACAUCUUGCUAUGAUGGAACGUAUUUUAGGCACAAUUCCAUACAGAAUGGCGAGGAAAACCAAAACAAAAUAUUUUUAUCAUGGGAAAUUGGACUGGGAUGAGAAAAGCUCUGCGGGACGAUAUGUUCGAGAAAAUUGUAAACCAUUAGUUCGAUACCAAACAAGUGACGAUGAUGAUCAUAAAGAAUUAUUCGAUAUUAUCCAAAAAAUGUUAGAAUACGAUCCUGCUCAACGUAUAACGUUGGCUGAUGCAUUACGACAUCCAUUCUUCAACAAAAUACCUGCACAUCAAAGACUUGGAGAACAUGGUGCAGGAGAUCAAGGACGCGAACGAAGUCAUUCACUUUCACGGUGAAGGUCUGGCAGCUCUCAUAACCUGAGAGCGAUGCCUUUAAAAACACGUUGGUGACAUAUGUGAAAAGUCUACAAAAUUUUUCUUCACCAUAAAGUUGUUUUGUCCAAUUUCAAAAUAAACAAAAAAAUUAUUUUAAUAAAACUUGUAAUUGCCUAAAAAAAUAAACUUAGUCCCAAAAUAAAUAAAAAAACCUUGAUGGUAACAUCUCUAGUUUUUUAUCUACGUUAUAAUCGAGCGUAUUUCUUACUUUACGCGCGCAUUCUUUAAGAGAAACGUUGAAAUUUCUUCAUCAACUAUCCAUAUUUACGAGAGAUAAUUUCUGUUUGUUAAUCCAGAAAAUUCUGUAACCUAAAAUAAUUUUUUCUAUAUGUAAGGGAAAAUAUUUUUAAUUAGUUAUUAGUGUAAAAUUUCUCCACCAAAUAUACACAAAUACACUAAAAUGAUCUGUAAAUGAGUAUUGGUUACAAAUUUAUGUAUAAUUUUUAGUUGAUGUGAUUGAUUUAUAAGUAUACCCUCCCAUUUACAACCCCGCCCCCAACCCCACCCCCUCGAUUAAUUUAUUAUA